AGGGCCGAUGUGACUAAUUGAUUGCCAGAGCCUGCUGUGUGUGUGCUGCGGUCGACUCCAAAGUUUGAGCUUUUCACGUUUCGAAGGGCGCGUACAUCUGUUCGAAAGGGAACUUGCCAGUCCCUUAGCUCGUAACUUUUCCCCGCAAUUUCCUUCCCCCCACGAGGAUCGAGAAGAGGAUUUUUGGACCUGUGACUGGCCUGCCAGGAAGUCGGGAAGAGAAAAACGUGAUUUUCACGCCCGAGUGUGUUCUCUGUGUGUGUCUCUCUCUCUUUGUGUGUGGUGAAAAGUCGUCGGGAAAAGUCGAGCGCAAAGAUGUCCGCUAUCGAGCUGCUGAAGGAAAUACUCAAGGUCUCGGAGAAGGCGGCCAACAUAGCACGGGUUUGCCGCGCCGAUGACCACCUGUUUAAGCUGCUGGUGCAGGAAAAGGCGCCCGAGGAGUCUAACAGCCGCUUCGAGCACGACUUCAAAACGCUCGCCGACUGCCUCAUCCAGGAGGCCGUGAAAUACGACAUUGGAAAAAGGUUUCCGGCCCUUCGGGACAACAUCCGGGGCGAGGAGAAUCCCAUGUUUACGAACGCGGCCGGAGAGUCGACGGUGGUGACCGUGACCGAGGACCGGAACGAAACCGUGGAAAACAUUGCCAAGGUGUUGAACGAUGACAAGGUGGCGGCGGAGCGGCUCGUUGAGGAAGUGUACCGGGAAAUCGAGCUCGACUGGGAGCAGUGGCAGGUUCCGAUCGGGGAAGCGGCCACGCUGGACCAGGAGAUCGACCAGCUGGGCAUCUGGAUUGAUCCGAUCGAUGCGACGGCGGAGUACGUGCGGGCGCAGGAUAAGGGCACCAAAUAUCCCAACAUAAUGGCAUCCGGGCUCAAGGUCGUCACCGUGCUGAUUGGCGUGUUCGAAUUCGCGCACGGAACUCCCAUCAUGGGGGUGGUGAACCAACCGUUCGCCGAAGAACCGGAAACCGGCCGGUACGAGGGUAAGAUUUUCUGGGGCAUUACCAUCGGCGAUUUAAAAUUCAACAACAUUCAGGCGGUGGACACCGACGAGCGAAUCGCCGUCCUGUCCCCGUCCGAACAGUCCAAGUACGUUGAAUUUCUCAAGAAUCAGCUAAAGUACGAAAUUGUGUGCUCGUCGGGCGCUGGUUAUAAAAUCCUGAAGGUGGCCACCGGCGAGGCGGAACUGUUUCUGCUGAGCAAGGGCACCACCUACAAGUGGGACACGUGCGGUCCGCAGGCCAUUCUGCGCUCGCUGGACGGGGAUUUGUUCGAUUUGCAAAACACGCUGAUCAACAAAUCGCUGAAGAAGAUUUCAUAUCAGGACCGGAAGAUUAUCCGCAACGUCGGCGGACUGAUCGCGUACCGAAACAUCGAAAAGUUUAAGGAUUUCCUCAAGCUAUUCUCCGCCACGAUGCCUGCCGUAGCGAAAAAGUCCCGCCAGGCCAAGCCCAAAACCAAAACCACUCCGGCCAAGAAGCAACCGCUGGUGCUGGUCAAUCGGCCCGCGAAAUUCUCCCCGAAGAAUCCGCCGCUGGGAGCGCCGGAACGGUACGAGAAGGGCAUCCUGUUUGUGAAGCACCUGCCGCACGGGUUCUUCGAGAAGCAGCUGCGGGCGUUCUUCAGCCAGUUUGGCGAUGUGACGCGGGUUCAUGUGGCGCGCUCGAAGCGGACACUGCGCAGCAAGGGUUACGCGUACGUCGAGUUCCGGUACCGGGAGGUGGCCCAGAUUGCGCAGGAAACGAUGGACAACUAUUUGAUGUUUGGGAAGAUUUUGAAGACGGUGCUGUUGCCGGCGAAUACGCGCCGGAUUCCGCGCCAGUACGAGAAGGCGUUCGACCGGGACGGGAAGGAGACGACCACUUAUAAGGUUUGGCUGCGGAGGGCCGUGGCCAGACAGAAUGGGCGGGUGACGAAGACGAAGGCGGUGGAGCGGAACAACCGGGCGCUGGCCAAGCUGAAGAAGGCGAAGGAGCAGUUCAAGACGAUUGGCGUUGAGUACGAUGUUGAUGAAGUGUCGCCGGACUUUACCGCGGACCAGUUGGCCAAACCCGAGCACGACCCCGAGGAGGAUGCCAAGAAGGCGAAGCGAGCCAAACGCAAGAAGGGCAACAAGAACGAGUCCGUGGACGAAUCGCUGCUGGAAAAGUUGCUGCCGGAGGCAGCCAACUCCGACAACGACGAUGAAGACAGCUCCGACGAUGACGACGACCUGGAAGCGAGCUUCCUCCCGCUGGAACCGGAAGACUGGGACGAGCCGGCGAGCGGGGAGAGCGACGCUGAGGUGGAAGUUUCGGCCAGCGACAAAAAGUCUGCGCUCCAGUUUGCGGCCAAAGCGAAGGCUCGGCUGGACAAGGAGAAGACCAAGAAGAAGCGCGCACCGGAAGAGGACUCCUCUCCGGUGAAGGCGGCUCCGGCGAGCAAGAAGGCAAAGGCCAGCCCUGAGGUGGAAAGCAGUCCCGAUGUGGCGAACGGCAAGAAGAAGGAUGUUAAGGGAAAGGGCAAAAAGGUGGCCGGAGGAGUGACGAAGAAGGCGGCGGCCGCCGUCGGCAAGAAGGGAAAGGUCGUCAAAGAGGCCAGCAAACCGGUCAAGGCAGCGGCCAAGGCGCUGCUCGAAGAUGCUAGUGUAAAGAAGGUCAAGGGAAAGGAUAUCAAGAAGAAGAAAAAUAAGAAAUAAAAAAAAUCUUUAUUAAAUAAUAC